AUGAAACUAGGCACCAAGUUCUUCAUAGCCACGGAGGUGGGCUUCACGGGGGCGCCCACGCUGCUCGCAAUCAUCUACGACCUCUACACCGACUAUGUGCUCAAAAACCCCUUCUAUGAGGUGGAGAUGCCCAUCCGCUGUGACCUCUUUGACCUGCAUCUGCCUGCUGCCAUCCGCAAGGACCGCUCUUUGCUUGCCGCUGGGGUCGUCGUGCCCGGCCGAUCAUAG